AUGGGCAGGCUGGUUGAAAGCGCUGAGAGUGCAGUCCACCAUGUUCGACGCGUUGACUCUUAUGACGUCCUUGAAGAGACACAAUUCAUGAUCAUCUCUACUACUGAAGCAGGCAAAUACGGAGCUAGACUUUACGUUGAGGGGAAGGAAAAGGUAGUUGCGACUGGGGUAGGUCAGACUCAUUUCAUGGCGGUCGAGGAUCUGCUUGAGGAAGUUGGACCAAGAGAAGAUGCAAGGGAGAUAGAAUGA